CCGUCAGGCCCCGCGCCGCGUGGGCCGUUCCCCCGGCUGGCGUGAAAGCGAGGCCCUCCCUGCCGUCCAGGCGUGGAGGAAGGAAGGCCAUGACAAUCCAGUGGGUGGCGGUCGCCAGCUUCCUCUAUGCUGAGAUAGGCCUCAUUUUAAUCUUCUGUCUGCCCUUUAUCCCUCCUCAGAGAUGGCAGAAGAUUUUUUCAUUUAGUAUCUGGGCUAAAAUUGCAAGUUUUUGGAACAAAGCUUUCCUUACCAUUAUAAUCCUACUAAUCGUUCUAUUUUUAGAUGCUGUGAGAGAAGUAAGGAAGUACUCCUGCACUCAAGUCACUGAGAAGAGCUCAGCCGACAGGCCUAGCGCCUAUGAGCACAUGCAGAUGAAGCUCUUUAGGUCCCAAAGAAAUCUCUACAUUUCAGGAUUCUCAUUAUUCUUUUGGCUAGUUUUGAGACGUCUGGUUACACUUAUUACUCAGCUGGCAAAGGAAAUAUCAAACAAAGGAGUGCUUAAAAUUCAAGCAGAAAAUACCAGUAAGGCUGCCAAGAAAUUCCUGGAAGAGAAUGAAAAACUAAAAUGGGUGCUAAAAAACCAUAGCAAGGAUGAAGAGCACACUUUGGAGACUGAGAAUAAAAGACUAGUAGAAGACCAGGAAAAGCUGAAAACUGAACUGAAGAAUGCCUCCGAUGCCCUUCUAAAGGCACAGAACGACGUGGUGGCUAUGAAGAUGCAGUCAGAGAGACUUUCAAAAGAAUAUGAUCGACUCCUGAAAGAACACUCGGAGCUUCAGAACCGUUUAGAAAAAGACAAUAAGAAAGCCCUGUGAAUUAACUUUAUAAAAGAAGAUUAUUAUACACCUUGUCAAGAAAACAAAUUUGUUAUCAUGGUAGCCACUAAAACUUUAAAAAAAAAGCUCUGCUAGCUAGCCACAGGCUCACAUAGGCUAUAUAUAGUACUGAUGUUAUCAAAAUAUUUGAUAAUGCUUCAUAUAUAAAGUAUGUGUUUUAGCUCUAUUGAAAAAUAUAAGCAUGUUGAAUGCCAUAUUUACAUAUUGCUAAUACCAUUGAUAUAUGGUGGCUCUCUACCCAUAAAAGGAAAAAUUCAUUAGCCAUUUGCUUCCCAAAAUAGAUCUGAAGUUGCAUGUAGCCAUUAUUAGCCUUGAAAGCUUUGAUGUAUUUUCAGUAAUAAUCAGUGGUGGUGGUGAAAAUGAUGUUUGAAAACAGUACCCAGUCAGAAAAUUUGUUCACAGGGAAAUAAAGAUAAGUAACCACAAUAGCCACUGUGUUAACAGAAGAGAGUCAGAACAGGGAAAACAAUGGCCGCAGGGCUUCUUUAAGCCUGGGGAGUCCAUGACUUACAGCACUAUUAUUAGCUGUGUUUUGUUACUAUGUUUCUGUGCCUAUUAGACUAUUUUUAAUUGAUAUUUGUUUAGUUGUAUACAAUCAAUAUUCUAUCUUUUCAAGUUCAUCUAGCAAUAGAAUUUAUGUUCAUUUGUGUAACUGUCAUAACAUUGAACUGAACUAUGUUGCACUAUAGAAUUCUCCACUUACAAAGCUCAUUUAUGACAUCCAAAAAGUCUGUUUCUUAUGCUUGUGAAAGUUACUGAUUAUACAGAUAUUACCUCAGUAUACAUGCACUGGUAUCAAACAGAUCUUUCAAUGAUGUUUCUGUAUUUUCAAAGUUGAAUACUUGUUUUCAUGCAAAUAUUCAUAUAGAGGUAAUAAUUAUAAUAUGAUUGAGAUUAUCUCAAUGUUUAACUGUGGAUAGCCAUUUGUCUUAAAAUGACUUAAAUAUAAAAGAAAAUAUAAAGCAAUAAUUGGAAUUUUUA